AUGCUCACACAGCGUUUUGUUGCACCAUGCAUCCACCCAGGCAAAUCUCCAGAUCCCAAGGUCGUGCUGCUUGCCCCAGUCUAUCUGUGCACCAUCUCCCACCUCCAGCUCGGCGUUCUAGAAUCAACCGCACAGACAUUCGCCAGCCGCAGGUUUCCGGUGGACGUCCUUUCUCCCGCGCCAUUGGCCGCCACUCUCAAGCUUGUCGUAGUGUCACCGGUGGUGGAAUUCGCGAACGGGUAG